CAAGUGCUGAACUGAAGAAAAGGCGUUCCUCUCCCCGUUUUCUUAGACUGCACCCCCCUCCAUCUCCACUCCUCCCAACACCCGCCACCUGAAAACGGUUCCCACUCCAGAAGUAUAGCAGUACAGAUCAACCACAGAAGGCGCGCGUAUCUGAAUCCGACGCCAAAAAGAAAAGAAAAAAAGGAAGAGAGAGAGAGAGAGAGAAGCUGCCCCGUCGUUGCGUUUAUUAUUAUUUUUAUUAUCAUUUUAUUUUUGGAGAGUUUUAUAUCUUUAAACCACAACCAGGACCGAUGUUUCCUCACACCUCCGCUCUGACUGUGUGAGUUUGGCGAAACUCAGCCAUGAUCCGUGGCUGCGCUGAGGAAUGCCUCCCGUGUUGGUCAGGCUCGCUCAGGAAGGAAGCGGCGUCCCUGUUUGGAUUACUUGUUUGACCAAUGGAAACAUAUGGGAGAAAUAGAAAAGUGAGCACAUGGGGAAACCACCGGGAAUGAAUCACUCCUUCAUUAUGGUCCUGGCAGCUUUAGUCACGUAUUUCAUGGAGACAAACAACUUCAGAGUCACGGAUGCCAAGGAGCACGAUUCCAGAUCCUCCUCCAACAUGUCUCCAUCAGACUUUCUGGACUCACUCAUGGGUCGCACGUCCGGCUAUGAUGCACGCAUUAGACCCAAUUUUAAAGGUCCCCCCGUAAACGUUACAUGCAAUAUUUUUAUCAACAGUUUCGGCUCUGUCACAGAGACAACCAUGGUGAGUUCUUCUGCUAUUUUGAUCAAUGUUUUCCCUGUAAGUUGUGUCAAUGUGUUAUCUAUGCCUCAACCCGCAGGUCCACCCGUUAAUGUUACCUGCAACAUAUUUAUCAACAGCUUUGGUUCUAUAGCAGAAACUACAAUGGAUUACAGGGUGAACAUCUUCUUGCGGCAGAAGUGGAAUGACCCUCGGCUGGCGUACAGUAAAUACCCAGAUUCCUCUCUUGACUUGGACCCGUCCAUGCUGGACUCCAUAUGGAAACCUGACCUGUUCUUUGCCAACGAGAAGGGAGCCAACUUCCACGAUGUGACCACGGACAACAAGCUGCUGCGCAUCUUUAAGGAUGGAACCGUCCUCUACAGUAUCAGGUUGACUCUCAUUCUGUCGUGUCCAAUGGAUUUGAAAAACUUUCCUAUGGAUGUUCAAACUUGCACGAUGCAGCUGGAAAGUUUUGGCUACACCAUGAAUGACCUGAUCUUUGAGUGGCUGGAGAACGGCGCAGUGCAGGUGUCGGACGGACUCACCCUGCCUCAGUUUAUUAUGAGAGAAGAGAAGGAGCUGGGCUACUGCACUAAACACUACAACACAGGUAAAUUCACUUGUAUUGAAGUGAAAUUCCACCUGGAACGUCAGAUGGGCUACUACCUGAUCCAGAUGUACAUUCCGUCACUCCUCAUCGUCAUCCUCUCAUGGGUGUCAUUUUGGAUAAAUAUGGAUGCUGCUCCWGCCAGAGUGGCGCUGGGCAUCACCACUGUGCUUACCAUGACCACACAGAGCUCUGGCUCCAGAGCUUCUCUUCCAAAGGUGUCGUACGUGAAAGCCAUUGAUAUCUGGAUGGCUGUGUGUCUGCUCUUCGUAUUUGCUGCGUUGCUGGAAUAUGCCGGGGUAAACUUUGUCUCCAGGCAACAGAAAGAGUUUCUCCGCCUGAGGAGAAGACAAAGAAGAAACAAGGACGAAGACAUGCGCGAAGGUCGCUUUAACUUUGCCGGGUACAACAUGAGUCAGUGUGUGCCGGCGAAGGACGGCUCGGCCGUUAAGAACGCGGUUCCUGCUCCGAACCCCCAAACGACGACCCCGAAGGACAUCGACGCCAUGAGGAAAAAGUUUGUGGACAGAGCCAAGCGGAUAGACACGAUCUCCAGGGCUGCCUUCCCCCUGGCUUUUCUCAUCUUCAACGUCUUCUACUGGGUUACCUACAAGAUCAUUCGACACGAAGACAUCCACCAAAACUGAUGACGCUACCCGUUAAAGCCUUGCAUUUCUCCAACUGAGAAGUGCUCGGAAGCUGCGCAUGGAGAGGCAUCGCGGUGACAAUGGUGGUGUUCUUUCAGGGAUAACACAGAACGCUCGUGCAUCAUACGUUAAAGCUCAUGUUCUGACAAUGUGAAGAUUUUUGAAACACAGAUGCUUUAUUUGCUCCUGUAUUGCAGCCUGAUAUUUUCCGAAGAGUAAUUAAAACUGUUUUAACAGCCAACUUUAGUAACGCACCGGAGCAGACGGACCAAAACGACUCAAUCCGCCUUGGCGUUAGUGCAGCCAAGGAGACAAAGUAACAUUCCAUAGAUAUUUUGUGAUGUAUAGGAUACACCUCAGACUUUUUGUGAUGCAAAAUUUCUUAUCAAGAGUGUUCAGACUGUUUUAUAGUGUACUAUUGUCCCGGCACUUCCUGUCCUUUCAAAAUCCACGUUCUGAACUUUUUUCAGGCAAAGCACAUCCAACAAAAGCAGCUGCUUACACGUCUCAGGCACGAUGAAAAUCUGGAAAAUUCGGGAAUUGAGAUGAGACUCCAUUUUUUACGAAAUACCCGAGGCCUUAGAUAUCAAAGAUUUGGUGGGAUGAAGUGCCGUGCUCUUCUAUUUUUUCACGCAUCUCCUCCUGUUGAGUGGUCUAUCACAGCUGAAUGCACGCUUUGAGCUUUUCUACCAGACAUCCAAAGGUAUUUCUCAGUGUCGUUUACCUUUUUCUUUAGCUCUAAGCAAAGUCUACGGGAAAAAAAUCACAAAUAGCUGAUGUCGCGUAAAGCUGUGAGUAUUUUUCAUUUUAUUUUAUUUUUUCCCGACACAUGUUUUAAAUUUGCCUUUGAUUUUGUAGCAACUUUCUUGAAUAAACGUGUCAGGAGACGUAUCAGUGAGCCCACAUACUCUGAUUGUGCACCACAUAAUUCUGUGUGACCACGGAUUUAUUUAUAUAUUUAUUUAUUUAUUUAUACCUCCUCCAGUAUUAGCUAGGAUUUCAGAGUUUGAGAAUAUGUUUUGUAGAUUUAGUCGAAGAAAAAUAUUUAUUGUAAUGAGUGACGGGUUAUGUUAAUAAAAUUAUAUCUUUAUGUAAACUUACUCAGCUUCCACUGUGGACUGUUUUCCUUCACUUUGUGUGUUUGUGGAAGUGAUCGACACUGAAGGACGGCUCUACGGAACCUUCAUAGUAACUGAGCAGCUAAAGGCAAUCGCACUCCGGAUAUACUGUAGUGAAGAGCUUUUUAUUUGAAUGCCAUUCAUUAAAWAAAGGAUAUUUACUGGCUUGUAUAUCAAUAAAAUUGACUGUGCACCAUA